UUAAGUACCAUAUUUUUCGCUCCAAAAGACGCACCAGACCAUAAGACUCACCUAGGUUUUAGAGCAGGAAAACAAGAAAAAAAAUAUUCUGAACCAAUGGAAUGCAGACACAGUACAGGAGAUGACCAGAGACUGCGGACACAGUACAGGAGAUGACCAGAGACUGCGGACAUAGAACAGGAGAUGACCAGAGACUGCGGACAUACUACAGGAGAUGACCAGAGACUGCGGACACAGUACAAGAGAUGACCAGAGACUGCGGACACAGUACAG